AUGGAUUAUACAACUUCAACUAUUUGUAAUAAUUGUUCAAUAUCAAAUCAAGAACAUAUUCUUUUAACAACAAUUGUAUUACAUAACAGUUAUUUAUUAGAAAAUAAUAGUCAUCAUCAUCAUUCGUCAAAUGAUACUGUUUUAUUUUUAAUUUCAAGUAAUAAUACUGUUACUAUUAAAACGACAAUAACGUCGUCGACAACAUUUUCGCCAUUUUUAACGGUGCUAUUAGGUGUUUGUCUAAGUUUAGUUGCAUUAAUUACAUCUAUUGGAAAUAUCAUUGUUAUACUAGCAUUUUAUUUUGAUAAAAAAUUACGAACAAUCAAUGAUUAUUUUAUAUUGAACAUGUCAAUAGCUGAUUUUCUUGUGGGAUUUUUCUGUAUACCAUUUUAUAUCCCAUUCAGUUUAUCUCAAUUAUGGCCAUUUGGUCGUUUAUUUUGUAAAAUAUGGGUAACUGUUGAUGAUGUAGCGACCAUGGCUAGUGUAAUCAACAUUGUUGCAAUAUCUGUUAAUCGUUAUUGGUCUAUAGCUUAUCCUAUUAGUUAUCGAAAAUAUGCUACUCAACAAUUAGUCUAUUUAGUUAUGUGUACGGUUUGGUUCAUAUCAUUUGUUAAUUUUGCUCCCGGUAUUUGGUUAAUAAGUAUCUUAGCUCCCGAUUAUCGUGCAGUUAAUACUUCAUUGGUAACAUCUGAAUGUUCCGGUGAUUAUAAUCACAGUUUUAUUUACAUGUUAAUUGCUCAAUUUAACUAUUUUAUUUGGCCAUUUAUCGUUUUAUUUAUUCUUAAUAUUCUUAUUAUGUGGAAUAUUUGGCAGCGCACAAGAAAAAUGACACAUAAAACAAAAACAUUUCCACAGAGCAUCACAGCCAAUACAGUGAUUGCUGAUAAAUCAGAUACAAAAGAAAUUAAAAAAAAAGAUGCUUCAAUUCGACGUCGAUCAAGUGUUAGAACAAUUGUUCUUAUCAAUGAUAAACAUACAAAUAUUGAUCAAGAUUAUUGUAAUGGUGGUCGUGGUAUUAUGAUACAAGGAGAAAAUGAUUCAUAUCCUGAUAUUGAAGAUGAUUAUGCGAGUGAACAUGAAUUCUAUGAUAGUGUUCACAAUGAUCGACGAUUUUCAACUAUUGAUAGACAAUUUUUAACAUUACCUACUCAUAAACAACGUCGAAUUAAUAUGAACAGUAAUAGUAAUAGUAAUAGUAAUCAUAGUAAUCAUAGUACUCAUAGUAAUCAUACGAACGAUAAUUCACCAGAAUCGAUUGUUUCAAAUAUAGUGAAAGAUGAUGAUUUGCUUGCUAUCGGUAAAUUUAAAAUAUUACGUCGUCGUGCAAGUGAUACAUUUUUUCAUCUAUUUGGAAAAUCACCUAUGACAACGGAAUAUAUGGAACCAUCGGCAACAUGCUAUGUAAAAUCAACUGAAACAGAAGGUAUAUCGGUACAAGUGAAUAAUGAACAUUCAAAUGGAGAAUUAUCUAAUACACGAUCACAUACAACUGGUAUAUUUAUUUAUCGAAAUAGUUUAUCCCCAAUGAAGAAGUCGAUAACACAGUUACAACAUGAAGAAGAAUUACAACUGACGAAUUAUUCACCUAUACCUCCGUUGAUGAAGCGUCAUUCCAUCGAUGGUAAACAUUCCCGCUUAUCAUUGAUGAGAAAACCUCGUCAUACAAGCAGUCCGAAAAUUACUCAUCGCCGUCGUUAUUCACUAAGCGUUCCGUCAUCGUUCGCCUGCGAACGUUCAUCACCUGGCAUUCUCCUAAAUCCCAUUUGUGAAUUAGACAGUGUCUGUUGCAAUUCGUCACAACGUGAAAUUCAACUAAAACCGACUCAGUAUCGAUCAAAAAAUCGUUCAUUUUCGCUCACUAUAGGAAAUUCUGAUUGUUCUUGUCCAUACGUACGUCUCUCAAAAAGUGACACUGUACUCUACAAACAUGAUGCUUUAAAACAAUUAAAAGUAUCAAAAUCGUUUCAACCGGAAAAUUCUUCGUCUAAACCAAAAGCAUCUGCUGUAGAGAACAGAGAACAUCAAUCGUUGGCACAGCAAAAAUCUGUCUCUCCACCAUCGUCAAAAAAGAAAAGACGGUUUUUUUCCGAAAAAAAACAGAGUUCUGAGACAAUCACAUCUGAUGUGACCUAUAGCAAUAAUUGUAUUAAAAGUAGUUCGGGAUCACAAGACCGACCAACGAUGCCCAUGAUGAGUGUUGUAUUAAGUCCACCUGUUGACAAAACACACAUUAUCAAAGGCAAUUUAAGAAAAACUGUGAGUAGUCCACCAGUACCAGUUGCUGUUGGAAGAUUUAAGAAUACAAAAACAUUAUUAACUCGUGUAUCAGCUCCCGCUGCAACCACAUCGAAAAGGCUUCAUCGACAUCCUCGUCGACAUCAACGAGACAUUCGAAUUAUGCGAGACAAAAAGGCAGCACGUUCACUCUUCAUUCUCGUUGUCGUUUUUCUCAUCUUUUUAUUACCCUAUGUGAUCGUGGCUACAGCAUCUACUGCCGGAUUUCAUAUUUCCUCUCUUGUAUUCGAAAUCGCCUUCUGGUUACUUUGGCUCAAUUCGGCAUUUAAUCCGUUUUUAUAUCCGUUUAUUCAAGUGAAAUAUAGAAAAGCAUAUGUGAAAUUGUUUUCAUGUUUACGUUCACAUUUAUGGUCGAUAUGUACAUGUUUGAACAAACAACGGUACCAACAUCACAAUAAGGAAAACUUUGUUUAA